UGUACUUCCACUCUUCUGAUCUCGUCUCCCCAUUCGCUCAGAGCCGCAGACGCUCCUCCAGCUCCGCGCAGCGCGCCGUGCGAACAUGGUCGGCGGCUCCUGUGCUCGCAGGCUGGCCCGCCGCUCCCGGUCCGCCCUGAUCGCAGCCCUCACGGUCCUGCUGGUGCAGACCCUCAUUGUGUGGAACUUCAGCACCCUCGACUCCGGCGAAGAGGGAGAAAACACAGGCUCCAGCGUGCGGGAGAAGAGGGAGCGGGUCGCUGGCAGACGAGCCGCCGGCAGCGACUAUUUCCAGCGCGGAGUCCAGCAGCGGCAGCAGCAUCUUCCUCCAGCUGGGAGGGGGGCGGCUCGCCUCAUACAGCAGCCGGAUGGAUAUUACUCCCAUCGGCCAAAGGAGAAAAGUAGAGUUGACAGCAACAAUGAGAACUCAGUGCCCAAAGACUUUGAAACUAUAGAUAAUAGCAACUUUGGUGCCCGUUCACACCGGCAAUCCAUAAGGGCCACCAGCAGUAAGCAGCGAGAACGUCUUCAGGGGAAGGCACACGUCCAGCAGCAAGCCUGGCAUGACAGCUCCCCUAGACUGGGCCGCAGCUCCAAUGAGAUUUUGUCCAUAGUUCACCAGUCACUGGAAAUGGGAAACAAUGCCUCCUAUCCUGAUGGCAAUGGCAUUAUUGGAGGUCUGCAGCAGCACACUCGUGCCUCUCUGGCCCAACCUGCCCAGUCUCAGCACAGGCACCAGCAUCCACACAGGAAGCAGGCAACUACAGCGACACUGGAGGUGACGUACGAUCAGCCACCAAAGUGUGAGAUUAGCGGCAAGGAAGCCAUUUCUGCCCUGUCUAGAGCCAAGACCAAGGAGUGUAGACAACAGAUUGCUGAGGUCUACUGUAGACACAAAGAGGGCCAGCUGAUGCCUGAUGCAGUAACUCGUUACUGCCCCAUUGAAGGUAAAGCCAACGUGAACAUUCAGUGGGAUGAAGACUCUGUGGAGAGCUUUCCACUGAAACCAGUGAGAAUAGCGUUUGUUCUGGUGAUUCAUGGACGAGCUUCACGCCAAUUCCAGCGUCUAUUUAAAGCCAUUUACCACACCUCCCACUUCUACUACAUCCAUGUCGACCAGCGCUCCAACUAUUUGCACAGGCAGGUGCUGGCCUUGACUUCCCAAUAUUCAAAUGUGAGGGUGACGCCUUGGCGCAUGUCCACCAUCUGGGGAGGGGCCAGUUUGCUGACCAUGUAUUUGCGCAGCAUGGCUGACCUCCUGGCCAUGAGGGACUGGAGUUGGGACUUCUUCAUCAAUCUCAGCGCUGCCGACUACCCUAUCAGGAACAAUAACCAGCUGGUGGCCUUCCUGUCCAAAUACAGAGACCUGAAUUUUAUUAAAUCCCAUGGCAGGGACAAUGCAAGGUUUAUCCGUAAGCAGGGGCUGGAUCGACUCUUCUACGAGUGUGACACUCACAUGUGGAGGCUGGGUGACCGAAAAAUCCCAGAUGGCAUCUCCGUGGAUGGUGGAUCUGACUGGUUCCUCCUCAACCGCAUGUUUGUAGAAUACGUGAUUAACUCCAAGGAUGAUCUGGUCACCAACAUGAAGCAAUUCUACACCUACACUCUGCUGCCUGCUGAGUCAUUCUUCCACACUGUGCUGGAGAACAGCGGCCACUGUGAGAGUAUGGUGGAUAACAACCUGCGCAUUACAAACUGGAAUCGUAAACUCGGCUGCAAGUGUCAGUACAAGCACAUUGUGGACUGGUGCGGAUGCUCUCCCAAUGACUUCAAGCCAUCGGAUUUUCACCGCUUCCAGCAAACAGUGCGGCCCACCUUCUUUGCCAGAAAGUUUGAAGCCAGCGUGAACCAGGAGAUAGUGAACCAGCUGGAUACCUACCUGUUUGGACCAUUUCCUCAGGGAACACCGGGUCUCAAUUCCUACUGGGAGAAUGUUUAUGACGAGCCAGAUGGCGUUGCCAGCCUGUCGGACACGCUGCUCACGUACUACCACUCCUUCACUCGGAUGGGCCUGGUGAGGGCUGCGGCCUCCCUCCAGGGGAACCCUAAUGAUCACAGCUGCAGGUACUUUCCAAUGGGCCACCCUGUGUCAGUGCAUCUCUACUUCCACUUAGACCAGUUCCAGGGCUACCUGGUCAAGCACCAUGCCACUAACCUGGCUACAAGUAAGCUGGAAACCCUGGAGACCUGGGUGGCACCCAAGAAGAACUUUGAGCUGACCAUGCCUCCAGGCAGCACAUUUAGCCGGCUGCAGUUUGCUGAGAUCGGCACAGAGUGGGACGCUAAAGAACGCAUGUUCAGAAAUAUUGGUGGCCUUAUGGGUCCUAUGGAUGAGACAGUGGGCAUGCAGAAGUGGAACAAAGGGCCAAACAUCACAGUUACUGUGGUCUGGAUCGACCCAACUAAUGUUAUCGCAGCCACCUACGACAUCCUGAUCGACUCGAGUGCAGAGUUUACCCACUAUCGUCCACCACUCAACCAGCCGCUGCGUCCUGGAGUCUGGAACAUCCGGAUUCUGCAUAACUGGAGUCCUGUUGCUGAGAUUCGUUUCCUUAUCAUUCCACUGGCUUAUAACAAGCACCAGCCUAUAAGACAAGAGGACACACUAAGGCUCCACAAUGGGCCAACGAAGAACAGCUACAUGGAGCAGAGCUUCCACGGCCUGAACCCGGUGCUCAACAUCCCUGUCAGCCUGGCGUAUGUGGAGCGAGCCAAGAGGAACGCAGCCCUUACUGGCCAGGAGCUCGAAGGCUGGGUGGAUGGCCUUGUUGGAGAGCUAUGGGAGGCUGCUGACAUCUGUGCUGUUGGCCUCACUGCCUGCCCCGUCAUGCAGCCCUGCGCUAAAAGCCCUUGGAGCUCCAUGAGCCCAGAUCCCAAAUCCCACUUGGGAACUCCGCGCAGCGACGGCCGGAUAAGGUAGCAACAAGGCCUCCAGCUGGACAGGAGGCCAUGACACAGUUUACUUUUAUUUAUUUGAGGCGCUUAUCCCAAGAGAGGGAGAGGAGAAAGCCAAUCUUCUGCCCCAGUGACAGGAAGCAAAUGAAAAAAGGUGGACUCCUUUAGCGUGCUGUGGGAAGGCUUUCUCAAAUGCAAGGGGAAGCAUUUCUCUAAACCUCCAAUAGAGUUUAUUCCUCUUGGGGUUUUGCUGGCUUUGCUGUUUCACUUUCUCAGUGUAUUUAUUUUUCUUUUCAUGGCUGAGGUUUACUGUGAUCAAAUGUUGCAACUUUGGAGCUUUUUAAUGUGCAGCCUUUUAAACUGCGACGCCCUGCCUUAGGGCAGUUUGGCCAAGUGAGUCUGGAUUGUCGACGCUGCUGCAACAAGGCCUUAGUUGGAGAACAUUCACCGGUAGGUAGCUAAGCACUGAGAUUAACCCAGCUCCUAAAACCUUAUAAACAAUAUAAAAAGUCAUAACAUCCCCGUAAAUAUAUUUAAAAGAGAUUUUGUAACACCUCAAAAUCAAUUACUUAAUUAAUAAAAUUAGGCAACAAAUUCUGUCUUUGUAAUUUCAUCACCCUUCAUAUCUACAGGCACCCAUGGUAAGAAUGUGUAGGAUGCCUUAAUAUAAGUACAUCUCACAGUAAAAAUAAAACUUAGCUAAUGUUUUGGAGAUUUUUGUUUAUUUCUAACCAAACUUUUCACUGUGGAUGUUAGCAAGAUAAACUCUGGAUUUCUUGCAGCCUAUCUUUAUGUUGCAGUUCAAACUCUUUUAAGCUUUUUUGAUGAUGCUUUAGCUGUAGAUAUUUGGGUCAUUAUAAUGGUAAAGGUUUCUCAAUAGCAAUAUUCAAGCUCAAUUUUUAGUUCAAUGAAAAUAUUUCUCUCUAAUAAAAGAGAAAAAUAUUACCCAUCACUACAAAUAAAUGUCCAAUGGUUACUUAUAGCACAAACCACAAAUAUUAAUGAUAUUAAAUAGUAAUAAUACUUUAUUAAGUGUAUUUUUGAAUAGCAAAGGGGACAUGAGAAGAGGGAUAUUGAUUCAAUGUUUUUGUAAGCAUUCUUCAUUUACAAUGUAAACAAUAUUCAGUGCAGGUCUAUGGUCUUUUUGUUCUUUAACUGUUUCUUACCCAAAUACGACAGCCUGCAGCUUGAUUUCCCUGCAUAAUUUCACGCCUCAGUAGGGGAGGGUCAGACUAAAGUGGCUGUCAGUUGGUGGCUAAUAUCAGAAUGAGUCAGCACUAUUCACUAUGUUUGGUUCACAAACAAGGUCUCUGACUUUAGCUUAUCAUAACUCGUAACAUAAUCAGCAUAGCCAACAACAAAAUAAAACAAUUUGUACAAGUGGGCAUUUUGGCUGCAAAUGCAUAAAAAGAGCAAGGCAAGUUGUAGUUUUGCAAACACCUUAAGAGUUCUGGGAUAUUAUUUUCAUAGCACAGCAUAGUGUACGAAGUAUAAGAUCUGAACAGUUGAUUUUAUAUAAUGCUGUUUACUAUGUCACUGUUGCAGAUGUAGAAUUUUCAGUGACAUGCUGAGAUUGGAAAGGUUAAAUCUUGCAGCAGGAGCAUUAAACAGUUUGAACCUUGAUCAUUGAGGAGAGCCUCUGCAUGUACUGUAGUGGACUGCGUUUCUGCAGCACUGAUAUGCGAAGUUGUACGCCAACUUGGGACAAUGAAAAUGGCUGAAUUAGGAUUAAUUCUGCACUAAAUAGUAUAUUUAAAACAUUUAAGAAUGUCUUUUGAAGGUUGAUUAUAUUUAAAUGUUUAUUCUAGCAAUCAUUGUAGAAAUGGAACAUGAACCAUGGAUCAACACAUAUCUUUUAUUUAAAUUUUCUCUUUCUUACUUCCUAUUUAUACACCUAAGAACCAUUUUUGUUCCUCUCUGGUCAACUUAAAAAAAAUAAAAUAAAAAUCUAAUUAAGUUUAACUGCUUUUAUAGGUAUUUAUAACCUGAUUGUUUAAGAUUUGUUAAAAAAUGUACAUUUUAUUUGCCCCUAAAUUAUUUUAGUACAGGAAAAGAAUAACAUGUUAAUGCUUUUUAAUAACUGAUUUACCAGGGUUGCCAAUAAAUAUGUGGGGUGCUGUAAAUCACUUAUUCCUGCUUUUGAGUGCCUGAUUAGGUUUUAGAGCAGUUAUAUCUGUUUUUUUAUAUUAAGAUUAAAGCCUGUUUAGGAAAAAGGUAAUUUUUGGGAACCAUUGAUUUAAAAAAAAAAUGCUGGUAGAUAUUUCAGUUUAUCUUACUUUUUCCAUAUAGACUAGACUCUUUUUCAAAUAGCCAGAUGCUAUUACAGGCAGUAAACAAUAAAAUAUUAAUAUUUUGUUCUUGUUUCUCUUAGUUCAAACAACCUCAAACUUGAAACAAAAUGACCUUAAGCUAACCUUAAAAGUUUUGUGCUUGUUGAGUUUGUUCCAGUCAUUUCACAACACUUAAUGUUGUAAAUAAUUAUUAAAAAAUCUUCAAAAUUCUUAGGGUGGGAGAGGUAUUGCUAUUUAUUUCUAAGUUUAUAUUAAUACUGAUAUUUUUAGUCAGUGACUAAAUAACUGCGACGCUGCCGUGGCAGCAUGAGGAGUAUUUUUUUGUAAGGAAAGCCGCCUUUAUUUACAAAGGCCAUCACCCCGAACUUAAUAUUGUAUGUUUUUAUGGCCCGCACCUGUGCGUUAGUCUGUGCUGUCCUGUCUGAAUAAGACUUUCUUGUCCCGGGUUUCUUAAGUAGUUGUUUGCAGUGUGCAUCACAAGAGAAAAGACAUACUGAUCAUUGAGCUAAAAGGUUCCAGAGCGUUUUACAUUUUAUUGUAUUACAACCACAAGCUUGAUAUUAUUAUCUCUAAUAGACCAACACACUGGAGUGCACAAUUCAAAUUUUACUUUGUGUUUUUAAAAGCAAGGAUUUUAGAAGUCUGGCUUGCAUUAGUAUGCAGGCCACCUGAUUGAAACAUUUUUAAAAAACCUUGUGCUGUUACAGCUUUCCAUAUGUCUCCACCAGUUUUUAACGUCUAAGGUAGAACUAUUUUGUCAUUGUCUUUUUGAGCAUGGCUCAAACUAACCCAGAUUAGACAUGGAGCAUCUCUUAGCAUUUUUCAAGUUAUUCCACAGAUUCCUAAUUAGAUAUAGACUUGAGCUUGUCCUACUGGUAGGAAAAAAUACAUCAUGCAGCCUGUUGUCUUUUUUUUUUUAGAUUACUUUGCAUUUAGCACCAAUUUGAUCAAGUCUAACGAACUUCUUUUCUUUUCUUCUGUUACAAAGAAAGGCAUUGUCUAAGCAUGAUGCUACUCCACCAUGUGUCACCAUGUUGUAUUUUGCAUAUGGUUUUAUUUUGGUCUGAUCUCACUUGCCUGCACCAUUGGCAUAAAACCUAAAAUGAACUUUUAAAAAUGGGUUCUUGUCGAUCUUUCAAAAUGAGCUGAAUUUGCACAGUUUCCCCCCACUUUGUGUUGGUCUAGUACAUGAUAUGCCAAACAAAACAUUAGAAUUUAAUGUUGUAAUGUGACAGACUUGGAAAAAGUUUCUGAAUCUUGCAAAGGACUACAUCUAGUGUAAACAGUGACUAGAAACUGUCUCUACAAAAAACACUCUGGAAUAUAUGUGGCUCAAAGGAGAAACUGUGCUUUUUGGUGUUGUUUCUGAAUGGCAUUCAAUGGUUGUAGUUUUCAUGCUGUAACAAAAAAAGUGGAAUUUCAUAUAUUGUAUCUUUAGUGCAAAAACAACUAAUAAUUUAUUAGACUUGAUCUAUGGCACCUUGUCAGCUGUGUUCACAUUUAAAGUACAUUUUCUCUCAUCAAGACAAUCUCUGGACAUUUAAAUCGACCUAAUCACACCCAGGUUGGCAACUAGACCUGAACGAGGAGUUUGGGCACAUAUUUGCUUUACCUUGAAAUCGGUGUCAUCUGAAGCCAAUUAGGUUUUCAAUCUGUGAUUGUCAGCAUUGUUUAGUCAUCACAGCAGCUAAAUGAGAGGUUUUGCACAGUCUAAUGAAGAGACAUUACUGUUCAUUAAUGUCAAGUUCACCUUGCCUCUCUGUCAGAUGGGAGGAUUAUAACUGCUGUCCCUCUUUCCCUUUCAAAUCUACUCUAUUUCUGAGGUUAAACAUCACUGAUAGUACCACCUUAUUCCAAACAGUCGCAUUACGCAGUACUUAUUAUGGUGUAAGCUCAAUUAAAGGUUUGACUUAAAUGAUUUAAUUGUAACUAAAUGUGAAAGUCAUAUUUUGUAACAAAGGAUUAACAAAUGAAGAUGUACUGUACAUAGGUAUUUUGUAUGGACAUAUUGUUUAGAAAGGAAACCAUUCUUGUAAAUACAGAGGUGAUAAAUUGACAUUUUUAAGAGGUCAAAAUGAGUGAAUUUAGUGUUUUAUCAAUGAGAAGACAUGACCUGUUUCAGUAUUUUGGACUGCUGUGACAGCAACCGUUUCCUUUCGGUGUCCCAGAGAAUCCAGAUUGUUGUUGUUCUUGCUGGAAUGUAACGUUGAGCAUCAGUUGCACAAAGUUCUCUGAUUCAUGAUCCCCUACUGUUUUAUUCAGAGAGGCUCCCUGUGCCUUAGCUGAUUUUUAGAACCUUCUCUGUCCAUAAAAGCCAAUCUUUUUCUUUUUUUUUUCUUCUUUUUUUUGACCUUAUGUGAAGAAAGCCAUGAGUCUGUGAAGUGAUCCAUUGGUACUCUGACACCAAAAUGAUGUCUGCUGUUGUAUAUAUCAUCAGGCCUUCUAUUGCUGUUAUCAGCUUCUUUUCUUUUCUUUUCUUUCUUUUUUUGUUAUUCUCUUUUGAGGAAUUUGUUUUGUCGAACUGGCUUGUUUUACUUUUCUCUGACUACUUUUUGGAAAUAAAAUCUUGCA